CGUUGAUACAAGUUUAUAAUUUACUAAAAUAAAAAAGAGCAGACAUUAAAAAAGAAAUUUAAUAAAGAAGAAAACAGAAAUAUUAAAACUAGAAUGGAUGUAUUCAAAGAGAUAACAGAAGAACAAAAAGCUAUUAUUCAAAACAUAUGUGAACGUUUUAAUAAAGAAUUUAAUAAAAAUACCGAAAAUCAACAUUUGGAGACAUCUUCGUCAACAAGAAGUGACACAUCAAGAAAAAUACAAACAGAAACAAAUCUAAGAGAUGAUACAAAUCACUUGGAGGCAUCUGCGUUAACAAGUCCUAAUGUGACAGGAGCAAUAAAAAAAACUUCUGCAUCCAUAAAUGAGAUAACACAAAGACAAAGAACAAAAAUUGAACGAGUAUUUGAUUGUUUUGAUGUAAACAAAAUUGGAAAAUUAGAAACUAAGUAUUUGAAGUGGGCACUAAAUGCACUUGGUAUUAGGACUGAAAAAGGAGAUAUUGAAAAAAUGCUAAGCGAGACUGAGGAUGAAGAAUCAGAAACGCUAUCCUAUGAAGAAUUUAUAUACCUUGUGGCUCCAAUGAUAGCCAAAAUGAAGGCCAAAAAGAUGGCCAAAAAGAUGGCCAAAAAGAAGCGCAAGGGAAGCCAAGAAUAAUAAUGAUGAAUCAUGUGAUGAUGAUAAUACUACAAAAAUUUGGAUUAAUCCUUUAAAACGUGCUGCAGAGUGUUGGCAAAAAUAUGUCACACAACUUCGAGUGGAAGACACACAGUCUCCGGAGCGUGAUGUAGCUGGAAAUAUAAGCCCACAAGAGGAUGAAUCUCCGAAGCGUGAUGUAGCUGGAAAUAUAAGCCCACAAGAGGAUGAAUCUCCGAAGCGUGAUG